UGUUUUGUUUUGUGAGUUGGAUUGGACUUGGAUUGGACGUAUUUCUAUGAAUCUAUGUACUCCACGUUUUGAUGGUGGUCAAUACCCAUUCUGAAUUUUCCCCGAAUUUUCGCUUUUCAGACCGUUUUCCCCUAUGUCUGCAGUUUCAAUUUAUUCCUGAUUGUUAAUCUUACCUCCAACGCUCAAGUUAAUGUUCCUUUCUCCUUUUCAUCGAAUCAUCAUUGUUAAUUCCCUAAUUUCACUGUCACUGUAAUCAUCCGCGAAAAUCCUGCCGGCUAGACUCAUCUCGUAUGUCAAGCAUGACACUUUUUCACUCCCUCUUUCCAGUUUUGCUCUCUGAAUGAUUUUAGCAGUAUGUCAAAGUCAGUAAUGGGAAGAAAUGUUGUUCGCCUUAUUGGAGAGAGGCAAAUCAAUGAAAGUGCUAGAAGAAUCGUCCGUAGCAGAUUACAUGUGACAGAUAAAUUUAUAGAACGUUUAGGAUUAGAAGAAGAAUUAAAAGGGCAUGAAGGUUGCGUCAAUUGUCUGGAAUGGAACACCACUGGAGAGCUUCUCGCUUCCGCAUCGGAUGAUGUUCAUAUCAUUCUGUGGUGUCCAUUCAGGAAGAAGAAAUUGAAGUCUAUUACAACACGUCACAUCGGAAACAUUUUUUCUGUGAAGUUUUUACCAUCUGGAAGAGACAAUAUUAUCAUUAGUGGCUCAGGUGAUCAUCAAGUACAUGUUCAUGAUAUCGAAGCCAAUGAAACACUAAAUAUUUGUUCAUGUUCAACUGGAAGAGUGAAGCGCAUCGCCACUCAUUAUCUUCACCCUCAUCUUUAUUGGGCUGCCGCUGAGGAUGGUGCGAUUAGGCAAUAUGACACAAGAGUUCCCCAUUCAUGCAGUGGCAACACAAAGAAUGUUUUAGUUUAUUUGAAGAAGCAUUUAAAUGAUUUUGCCGAAGCUAAGUGCCUUGCAUUGAAUCCAUGCCGCCCUGAAAUGCUUGCAGUUGGUGCAAAUGACCCGUUUGUGCGGUUGUACGAUAGAAGGAUGAUUAACCUAACACAUGUUAAGAAUCGAAAUUUAGAGUCCACAAGUUCCCUGUUCAAUAAUUCUUUUUUAACUGUUGCGGAUGAAUUAAGUCAAGAAGAUAAUUUGCCCCCAAAUUGUGUACAAUAUUUUACUGCAGGUCACUUGAAUCGGAGGACAAUGGAUUUAAAGUCUGUUAGAAGCUUCUCUACAACUUACCUUAUAUUUAGUGAAAAUGGAGAAGAUUUACUGGUGAAUCUUGGUGGAGAACACAUCUAUUUGUUCAACAUGGCUCAGAGAAGAGUAGCAGAUUCAUUCCAUUUACCUACCUCGACUGAAUCAUUUUACAAAUUCUCCACAGGUUGUUCAAGUUCUUUCAAUGGCGGUUUAAAUGGUCAAAGCAACAGUCAUAAUGAAAAUAUCAAAGAAAUUUAUGAUGAAAAACCACAAGAAUCAUUACCUGAAAACAUCGAGGGCCUCAGAUCUAGUGUGAGUACCAGUACAAAGCUAAGUGAAGUUCACCAUUCAGUUUUAUUAGUUUUACUUAUGUAUUCUGAUGCUUUAGCGUGUAUGAGCGUAGAGGACAGGCCAUAUUUGCUGUCUGAAAAAGAAAAAGCUAGAAGGGAAAAUCAAAACUCGCAAAAAAAGGAAAAAAAGGUGGAUAAACAAGUGUUACAGGAAGAAUUACCAGGUGAAGGAUAUGCUGAUAGAAGAUAUCUUGCGUCAAAUGAACUUGAAGCUGCACGGAAGCAGAUGAAAAAAAAGAAGCGUACCCUUCGGGAAGAAAGACAAAAGCAAAAAGCCGAAGCAUAUGCUAAGAGACUCUCUGAAAAAAUUAUAUUGUCAGGAUCGUCUUCACAAGAUUCUAAACCGUCAUCUCAAGGAAGUGUUUUUGAGUCUAAGUUACAAUCGCCCAAGAGAAAGCGGUUGCAAAUAUUAGACGAGGAAUUGAGUUUAACUUUAGAUCGCACGAGAACCUCCAAUCGAAACGCCACUUUUCUCAUCGCAAAAACCGCUAAAUCAAUGGGUGUUGAUGUGAAGACUCUAACCGUUAGCGAGGCAUCUGUGAGACGAAGAAGAGCUGAGCUAAGAAAAAAUUCUGCUCAACGAAUUCAAAAGAGCUUUAAUCCUGACGUGCCUCUCACAAUACAUGUAGAUGGCAAACUUUUACCUCCAUUGAUGGGUGGUAAGAAAAAGGUUGACCGAUUACCAAUUUUAGUCACAGGUCACAACAUUGAUCAACUUUUAAGUGUACCUGCAUUGCCCUCUGGCAAAGGUAUCUUUAUAGCUGAGGCAAUUUGCCAAACUGUUCGGGAGUGGAAUAUAGAGGAGCAAGUCAAAUCUAUAUGCUUUGAUACCACGUCCUCAAACACUGGAGUUAAAAGUGGUUCUUGUGUCUGUACGGAGCGAAUCUUAGGUAAACGUCUCUUAUAUUGUGCUUGUCGUCAUCAUGUUUCUGAACUCCUUCUCGAUGCUGCAGUCACUUCUCGCAUAGGCAAGAGGAACCAACCUGAAAAUCCUAUUUUUACCAACUUCCGUGACAAGUGGGAGGAUAUCAAUCCAAGCACCUAUACGACGGCCCUAGACGACCCUGACAUUCUUGAAAAUGUGCAGCCUAUCAAGACAGAACUUUUAAACUUCUGUUUCGAGCAACUUUCGAAUAUCUGUGGAUUUAUUUAUUUUUUAUUGAAGUCAUUUCAUCUGUUCUUUUCCAGGGAUGGAGAUACAUAUGCUGCUCUGAGAGAUUGUUAUAUGACUCUGAAAUUAGAUCCAAAUCAUGUUAAAGCCUUCUUCAGAUUGGCCAGAUGUCUUUAUCGAUUGAAUUGGUUGAAAGAAGCAAAACGAUGUCUCGAAGAAUUCAAGGCUAAAUUUCCAUCUCAUGGUUCAACUCAUGCCACCCAAGCUUUAGAAAAAGAUAUCAAAGAUGCUCUCAAAGAGCCCAAAGGAGAAAAAGAUUCUGAUGACCCUAACAAAAACAACAAAGUUCCAAACUGGUACGGCCUUUGCUCUCAGCAAGAAUGGGAAUGGCGACAAAAAGCCUUUGACUACGAGAAAAGAUACCUGGGUCAUUGCAACACAGCAACAGAUAUCAAAGAAGCUAACUUUUUUGGCAGUGAUGGUCAAUAUAUAGUGGCGGGCUCUGAUGACGGAGCACUUUAUGUUUGGGAUCGCCAAACAGAAAACAAUGUCAAAAUUCUGAAAGGCGACUCGUCGAUAGUAAACUGUUUACAACCGCAUCCUUUUCUUUGUCUUCUGGCAACUAGUGGUAUUGAACCUGUAGUACGUCUGUGGUCUCCUCAACCGGAGGAUGGGAAGGUGGAUUCCAGAGAAGAAACUGAUUUUGAAAAGGCAGCUCAUAAAAAUCAACGCAGAAUGAAAACCGACCCUUUUGACAUUGUACUCAUGAACUGGGGAAUCCGCUCCGUAGAACAAGAAGAGAACGUUGUCCGCAUAAGGAUGACAGAUAGAGAUAAUCACACUCAUACUUGUCGACCAAGUUAAUGAUCAUCAUCACAACGACGAAAUAGACCUUAUUCUGAGAGUAUGUCCAUUUCCAUUGUAUAAUUGAAAAAUCUUUCAGUUUUAAACAGUGUGCUUUUAAUGAUGAAGACCAUGACUUCGUUUUAACAGUCUCAAAAUUCAAAAAAAAUCCAGGAUCUAAUUUGGGUCUCUCUUACUUACUCUAAUGUCCCUUUUCUCUUGUAGUUUUGUUCAACCAAAGAAUUUUGUUAGGCUUUAUAGCAUCACACUUCUUUUGUUGCUAGGUUUUAGUGAGAAUAGUGGAAUUAAUUUUAACAAUUGUCCGAGUUAUGUUCACACCUUGCUCUCUCCUCUUUGCCUUAAAUUGGUAUUUUUCCUAUGUAUUAAAGGAAAAGUUUUCAUACGGGUGAGUCGAUAAAAGUUGAGCAAAAUUUCCUUGCAAGUAAAAAUGCCUUUUUGCGUUUUGUUCUUCACUGUAUCUAAGUUACCUCUGUAUUUGCAAUAUUUCUGUUCAAAACUAUAAAUAUUGUCAUGAAAAUCAUCAAAUACUAUGUUUUAUAGAUCGCCAGUAAAACAUUGUCGUUUGAGACCUCUGCAGUUGUCUGCCUCUAACAAUAAUUUCUGAAUAAAUUGUUCCAUUUAUCGCA